AUGACGUCCUACAUUCCUCACCUCACCCUUCCCAAUGCAUUCUUCACCCACCCAGCUUCAGCAAUCUUGCUGCCCGUAGGGCUCGGAGCAGCAGUCGGCUUCUCAAUCUCCUCGCGUAAGACUCAGGAGAUGUACACGCAAAUGAGGCAACCCGCGUACCGUCCGCCUCCUUGGCUAUUCGGGCCUGCUUGGACUGCUCUGUACGGUCUGAUGGGAUACUCGGCGUACCGUGCCAUGAGCACCGGCCUCACUUCUAUCAACCCCAUCACUCGCGGCCUCGCCCUCCACGGCGCGACGCUCUACUCCAUCCAACUCGGACUCAACCUAGCCUGGAUGCCGACCUUCUUCAAGUUCAAACAGCCCGCCCUCGCCGCCGUCGACAUCGUCUCCCUCCUCGGCGUGACGUCUUACCUGACCUAUACCUGGGGUCAAGUCGACGAAGUCGCGGCUUGGGCGCUCGUGCCUUACCUUGGCUGGUUGGGCUUUGCCACCUAUUUGAAUGUGGGUGCAAGUCUGCUCUCCCCUUUGGAGAUAUAUCGCUGA